AGGUAAAGUGUCAUGAGUUUAUUGUCAAAUUUUUCGAAAUCAACUAAAAUUAUUACAAUCUCUUAGCUUUUAGUGCCACCAAAUAUUGUACCAAUUUAAAUAUGAGUGUUAUAAUGUGUAUGGUUGUAUAUUUCAGGCCUACAAACAAUAAUAAACCAUGGCGGACGUCGAUGUUGAGGUACCCAACAACCCCGUUCUCAGCGGAGGGGCGAUGGACGUGAAUACAGCGCUCCAAGAGGUUCUGAAGACCGCUCUCAUCCAUGGUGGACUUGUGCAUGGCUUACACGAAGCAGCAAAAGCCCUUGACAAGAGACAGGCUGUACUUUGUGUAUUAGCUGAAAACUGUGAUGAGGCUGCAUACAAAAAGUUAGUGCAGGCCCUUUGUAAUGAGCAUCAAAUUCCCCUCGUCAAGGUUGACAACAACAAAAAACUUGGUGAAUGGGCAGGCUUAUGUAAAAUUGACAAGGAUGGCAAGGCUAGAAAGAUUGUUGGAUGCUCAUGCGUAGUAAUCAAAGACUUUGGUGAGGAGACACCAGCGCUGGAUGUGCUGAAAGACUACCUGAAGUCUUCAAGCUAAUCCUUAGGUGUAAUGUCUAUAUAAAAAUAAUAAAAGCCCAAAAAAAUCA